CCUGUCAUCCCACACGCUGGUUAAGCUUAGCCCAGUUUAUUACAAUGAGAUUAGUUAAUGACUAACAUACGAAGCACUACUACUAUUCUACGUUCGACGGUCAACAUUAGGCACUUCUUUUUUGGGCGCCUGUUGGAUUUCGUUUCAAUCUUUUGUUUCGCGAUUUGGGUUCAUUUCCAAAAUGGACGCCCUUCGUCGAGUAGUAAGAAAAAGUCCAACCUCGAUGGGAUCGUCUUCACAUAAAAAGCUUAGUGAAGGUUGGCAGGACAACCGUGAGCCGGUGACGGAGGGGGUGACGUUCUACCUCAAGUACCUAGGAUCGUCACUAGUGGUGGAGCUUCCUGAUGAUGAAACAUACGGAAAUGGGAUCAGCGCUCUGGCUGUGCAUACAAUUGUUACCAUGGCAAAGAAUAUUGGGAAGAAACUGAAGAAAGUGUCUUUAACAAUAUCACCUGUAGGAAUCUACAUGACUGACCUAGUAACCAAGGAAAUCUCUCUCAAUGUCUCAGUAUACAGAAUCUCAUUUUGCACGGCAGACCGGUUUCACGACAAAGUGUUUGCGUUCAUCUCCAGGAACACGACUAACGAGACAAUGGAGUGCCAUGCCUACCUUUGUGCCAAGAAGAAUGUGGCCAAGGCUGUUACACUAACGGUUUACAACGCAUUCAAGCUUGCCGAGGAUGGUUGGGCCGAGAAACAGCAGACUUGCAAAGCUCAGAAGGAGAAAGAAAAUCACCACAAGGUGGCUGAACUAUCGAGUACAGGUAGAAACAGCCACGUCACUCACCAGGUGAUCAAACCCAUGAUACACGAGACAUCCAGCAGGUCAAUGGACAGUACAGAGGAUCCUUUUACAGAUUCAAGUGCUGCUGUAGAGAGCCGGUUGAAAGUAACACCAACGAAACAGUUUGAAAGAAGUGCAUGGCAACAGUUCAGCGACGGUGAGGAAGAAGAUUCAGACGAUGAUUUCUCACGAUUUGCUGAGAACCGUGGUCGUACUUGUCGACUGCCGUCAUUUGGCACGGACCUGCGACAGGAGGACAUUGACGAGGGGGUGGAGCAGUACAUGGAUGGCCAGGGGUCGUACGAAGCAUUCUCCAGACAGAAGUCUCUUGAAGACCUGCUCAACUUGUGACACGAUUC